UUUGGGUAAUAUUGAACUUCUUAGGCUGAGAUGAUGCCUAAAAAAACAGAAUAUAACCCAUUGCUUUUCAUAUUUGAAGACAGUGAAGCUUAUGGCGCGCCAAGUCUCAUUGUCAUUCGCACUUCAAAACUUUCGCCACCUUAUAAAACAAUGCAUAGCCAACAAAGAUAUUUUAACAGGCAAAUCACUACACAGUCUCUACUUAAAAUCACUACUCCCAUCUUCAACUUACCUCUCCAAUCAUUUCAUCAUCCUUUACUCCAAAUGCAACUCCCCAACUCUUGCCCAGUACGCAUUUAACCGAACCCAUCACCCAAAUAUCUUCUCAUACAACGUUCUCCUCGAUGUUUAUGCGAAAAAAUCCACCACUGGCAUUGCACGCAACCUGUUCGAUCAAAUUCCUCAACCAGAUGUUGUCUCUUAUAACACUCUCAUUUCUGCUUAUGCAGAUUGUGGGGAUAGUUUAAAUGCUUUAAAUUUGUUUAGGGAGAUGAGAGAGAUGGGGUUUGAAAUGAAUGGGUUUACUAUCUCGGGGGUGAUUACGAGUUGUUGUAAUGAUGUGAGUUUGAUCAGGCAGUUGCAUGGUUUGGUGGUUUGCUAUGGGUUUGAUUGCUAUGUUUCUGUGAAUAAUUCUUUUGUUACUUAUUAUGGUAAAAAUGGGUUCUUGGAGGAUGCUGAAGGGGUAUUUUAUGGGAUGGGAAUGGAGAAUAGGGAUCAAGUUUCUUGGAAUACUAUGAUUGUGGCUUAUGGUCAGCAUAGGGAAGGGUUUAAAGCGAUGGAAUUGUUUCAAAUAAUGACUCAUAGGGGCAUUGAGGUUGAUAUAUUUACUUUGGCAAGUGUUUUGACUGCAUUAACUUGCUUAGGGGAUUUCUCUGGUGGGCUUCAGUUCCAUGCUAAGUUGAUCAAAACUGGGUUUUAUCAGAAUUGUCAUGUAGGGAGUGGUUUGGUUGAUUUUUAUGCCAAAUGUAAGGGUAACAUGUUAGACUGCAGAAAAGUAUUUGAAGGGGUUCAUGGACCGGAUUUGGUUCUGUGGAACACCAUGAUUUCUGGGUAUUCGCUUGAUGAGGAACUAUCUGAGGAGGCUCUUGAAUGUUUUAGAGAGAUGCAACGUGCCGGUUUUAGGCCAGAUGAUGGUAGCUUUGUGUGUGUGAUUAGAGCAUACUCCAAUUUAUCAUCUCCAUCUCAGGGAAAACAAAUUCAUGCAUUGGUAUUGAAAUCUGAAAUCCCUUCAAAUCAAAUUUCUGUAAAUAAUGCACUUGUUACCAUGUAUUCCAAGUGUGGAAAUCUUCAAGAUGCAAGGUGUUUGUUUGAUAGGAUGCCGGAGCAUAAUACGGUAUCGUUUAAUUCAAUUAUUGCAGGCUAUGCACAACAUGGGAUUGGAAAUGAGUCGGUGGGUCUUUUCGAACAAAUGCUUGAUACCGGCAUUUCCCCUACUAAAAUAACCUUUAUCUCCGUCCUUUCCGUUUGUGCACAUACAGGAAAGGUCGAGGAAGGAAGAAGAUAUUUUAAUAUGAUGAAGGAGAAGUUUGGUAUGGAACCAGAAUCGGAACAUUAUUCAUGUAUGAUCGAUCUUCUCAGUCGAGCUGGAAAGCUGCAGGAAGCCGAGGAGCUAAUAGAGACGAUGCCAUUUAGCCCAGAUUCUGUUGGUUGGGCAGCAAUACUUGGUGCCUGUAGAAAACAUGGAAACAUGGAGCUAGGUGAGAAAGCAGCAAAUCAAAUUUUGCAGAUGGAACCUAAUAAUGCAACACCUUAUGUCAUUCUUGCCAAUAUGUAUUCUAGUGCUGGCAAAUGGGAAGAUGUAACUAGAGUGAGAAAACUUAUGCGAGCUCGGGGUAUAAAGAAGAAACCGGGAUGUAGUUGGAUUGAGUUAAACAACAUGGUUCAUGUGUUUGUGGCCGAAGAUAGGUAUCAUCCCAUAAUAAAAGAAAUUAAUUGUUACUUAGAGGAAAUGUCAAUGAAGAUGAAGCUAGCUGGCUAUGUGCCUGAUGUAAAAUGGGCAUUGGUGAAGGAUGAUGAAGUAGCGGAAGGAGAGAGAGAGUUUAAGAUUCGACACCAUAGUGAGAAACUUGCAAUUGCAUUUGGAUUGCUUUCAACGAAAGAAGGGCAAUCGAUUACUGUGAUGAAAAACCUCAGGAUUUGUGGGGAUUGUCAUAAUGCAAUCAAAUUUAUAUCUGAAAUUACUUGUAGAACAAUUACUGUCAGGGAUUCUCAUAGAUUCCAUUGUUUUAAGGAAGGGCAGUGCUCUUGUGGCGAUUAUUGGUGAUUAUAUAGGAUGUACUUGUUCCUAUAUGCUAAGCAUGCAGAAGCAACUGGCUGACUCACAACUAAUAUAGUUCUUGAAAAGUUUAUGAAAGGAAUUUCUUCGUGUGGUCUGUUGCAAGAGUUGGACAGAUAUGUAAGCUGAGGAUGCGUUUUGUUUGCUGCAAACAGACCCUGCAAUUAAGGCACUUGUUGCCCCUGCAAAAACAAUUGCAACUAAUGCUGGGGUUGACGGAGAAGUUGCAGUGGAGAAAAUUCGAUCUUCUGAUUGGUGAAUUGGUUUCAAUGCAAUGACAUGUGAAUAUGAAGAUCUUUUAGCGCUGCCUCUAUUGGUGGAUUAAUUCUAACAACUCGAGCCAUAUUGGUCGAAAAGAUAAAGAAGCAUAAGCCUGGUGUACCUCGUAUUCCUGGAAAAACGCCAUGAGCAAAGAACUGAACCUGGAAAGAAUCCACAAAAGGUCUUUUGUUUGCGUUGGUAUGAAAGAACGACAAUGAUUUGAGCUUGCGAAUUGUGUCGAAGUUU